GUAGUGAGUGGCUUCCUAACAGCUAGAACAGGUUAGAAUGUGUUUGGUCCAGCUGAGGAAGAGAAGCUGAGUCUAACCAGUCUGCCCAGCUUGAGGCCGAGAUACACUGCAAAGAACUGUUCUUCCUGCUUCCUUACCGGCAUUUUUACACACUGAGCCCUGGUCCAUAAGGAAAGCAGGUUUAACACAAUGAUUUGGAAAUUGAUAAAUUUCAGCGCUCUCCUUCUUGGAGCUCUCACAUCCCCUACGCUCUCACUCUCCCUCCCCACUACCAACACUGAGGAGGGACCCUGUCAGAUCUACAACUCUGACCGAUCUGCAGAUUGUCUGGGAAGACAGCUCGACAGUAUCCCAUGGAGACAAUUUCCACCCACACUGGAAGAAAUAGACCUCUCCUAUAAUAAACUUCAAGCUGUUCAUGCUGAUGACUUUCUCCACCUCCCUAAGCUUCGCAUCCUUAAGCUGCCGUACAACAACAUUUCACACAUUGACAAUGAUGCCUUUAAAAACAACACACUCUUGGAGCAUCUUGACAUCUUCAAUAAUUCCCUGCAGGAAAUUCCUGCCACAGCACUAACACCUCUCUUGAAUCUAAAAAACCUCUACAUGUCCAAUAACCUUUAUAAAGAUGCAACUUUGGCUGAUUGCUUCUCCAAAUUUUCAAAACUCCAGGUUCUCUCUAUGGGUGGCCCUUUGGUGAUGGGUCUAAAGAAAGAGGAUUUUCAGCCCCUGAAAAACAUCAAGCUCCAAGGUUUUGCUAUCAAGUGUUCCUCCCAUCUCCGUUACUAUGAGCCUAGAAGUUUAGAAGUCAUUCAGACAAGUCAGAUUGGUUUUGAUAUGGCUAUAGAUCAACAACCAAACGCUCUUGUUCACAUGCUACGAGACAUUGCUAACAAAACAUUCAGUGUCAUUCAGUUUCGCAACCUCUUUGAAUUCACAUACUACACGGGACAGGAGGACAUUUUUCAGGGUUUAAAGGACAUUAAAGCCUAUCAACUCAUCUUUCACAGAGGUAAAUUCAAUGAGAACCUCCUAAGGAUGGCUUUAAUCAACUUACAAGUGGCCAGUAUCAAAAGAUUAAGACUUCAAUAUAUUGACUUUGCCCGUUCACCAACAUUUGUUGAUAGUGCCACGAAUUCCAGCAUCACAGACCUUAAACUGGAUAACUUGGAUCUUUGGUAUAUCAGUAAUCCUGAUGUGCUGCGAUUUGACUGGCGUUUCACCUGGUUCAAGAAAAUUAAGCAACUGUCCAUUCAGCAUGUGUAUUUCAACUCUGUGCCUUGUGAUUCAUGGGUUGAGAUGCAAGGUGUGGAGUUGUUAGAUGUCACCAAUAAUCGACUACAGAAUGAGUUCAUCUUCAACCAGCAGUGUGAUUACAAGGGCACCAUGCCAAAUCUUCAUACGUUCAACAUAAGCAUCAAUGAAGUGACCAGCCUAAAAUAUUUAUCAUCCCUCACAAGGGAGUUCCAGCAACUAAAGGUGUUGGAUUUUAGCUACAACAAAUUAGGAUCUGCUGAAGAUAGCCGAGAUUGUGUCUGGAAACAAAAUAUCACCAAGUUUAUUGCCCACCACAAUCAGUUCGUAAGUGAAGCUCUCAGUUGUCUACCAACCACAGUACAUUUCUUGGAUCUGUCACACUGUGACCUGGAUCAGCUGGACAUGAAGUACUUUGAGAAAGCUACCAACCUCAAAACCCUUCUGUUGAGUGGGAAUAAAAUUAAAUUCAUCCCAACUAAAUGGGAAAGUUUGUCACUGCAGUCACUAGCUUUGGAUGGGAAUUCAUUUGGCCUCAUUAGCAAGGAAUCCUUCGAAGACAUGCCGCAGUUGUCUCAACUUCGGGCCGGGAACAAUCCUUAUCAUUGCACAUGUGAGCUUCAUGCUUUCGUCCAAGACACAAUUUCAAAAGGAAAGGUAAACCUCACAGACUGGCCUUACAACUACAGGUGUUACCACCCAGAGGCAUUGCUCAACACAGUCAUAGCUAAAUACUUUCCGGGUCGUGUAGCAUGUGACAUCAGACUAGUUAUCAUCAUCUGUGUUGCAACCACCACAGCAGUGAUCUUAAUACUUAUGCUGAUUUGCUAUAUUUUUGACCUCCCAUGGUACACUAAAGCCACAUAUCAGAUCAUCAGGGCCAAAUACAGAGCUCACAAGGAGAAAGCAGCUGGGAAUUCAGAGACUUUUACCUACCACGCUUUCAUAUCCUACAGCCAUUCAGAUGCUGAUUGGGUGAGGGACCAGCUCUUGCCCUGUUUGGAGAACAACAAGAACCCCUAUCGUCUGUGUAUUCAUGAGAGGGACUUCAUGCCAGGAAAGUGGAUCAUCGAUAACAUCAUUGAGAACAUUGAAAGCAGUCGUAAGGUAAUAUUUGUUCUCUCACAUCACUUUGUUAACAGCGAGUGGUGUAACUAUGAGCUGUACUUUGCUCAGCAGAGAGCAAUGGGAAAGACCUUCAGUGAUGUCAUCUUAGUGGUUAAGGAGCCUAUUGAUCCUAAUUCAUUGCCCAGCAAGUACUGCAAGCUUAAGAAGAUGCUGAGUACAAAGACAUACCUGGAGUGGCCCCAGCAGGUUAACCAGCAAGGGUUUUUCUGGGCACAGCUGAAGAGUGUUCUGGGUAAGCCACAAACCAAAGAGCGCACAAACAGUGUUAAGAGCAGAACCUCAUCUGUGGGAAGAAUUUCUGUGAUUGGUCCUCCCAUAGGGGACAGGAUGCCAGAAGAAGAUAAGUUAAAUGUGGAAAAAGAAGAAAAAGAAAUUACUGAAAGAAAUGAGGAGUCAUCAAAUCAGAGACAAAUACCGCUGAUGGGACUGCCACCACUCCAGGACUGCAAAAUGAGUGCCAAUCUGAAAGGAGCUAUGGUGGACCUCAUUGAUGUGUUCUACAAGUAUUCUGGAAAAGAGGGAGACAAGUACACACUUACCAAACUGGAGCUGAAGAAUUUGUUACAGAGUGAGCUUGCGGAAUUCCUGGAAGGCCCCAAUGACGCCCAUGUGGUUGAGAAGAUUAUGCGUGAACUGGAUGAUAACAAGGAUGGUCUGGUGGACUUCCAGGAGUUUGUUGGACUGGUCGCUGCACUGACUGUUGCCUGCAAUGAAUUCUUCAUGGACUCGGACAAAUGUGGAAAUAAAUGAGUCCAUUUAUCAUUCAAUUGUAACCUUUAAGGUUUGAAUCAUUCAAGACCCUGUAAUGUUGCAAAAGAUGCAUUACUCAUAAUCAAUUUGAUUUCAUUUUGUCCUUGAAAAUACUUCCAUCCCAAUAAAGA